CAGAUACCUCUGCUUCAAAUGCUAAACAAGGAAUUUUCAAAGUUGCACAUAACUUUAAAUGGAUCAGAGAGAGUGCUCGUCCGCACGUUGUCUUACUACGAGCAGCUAAACGAAUUUCUGCCUAAUGCGUCAUCUGCUGACCUAGAAAUGUUGUACAAUUGCGAACCCAUACACAGCCUAUAUCUCCUUCUUGAGCACGCGUCGAAAAAAAUCCGCGAAGGCUUCGCAACAACAGAGGACCACGAGUUCAAACCUGCAAGAGAUUGGGACGAAUGUUACAAGUUGCUGAGAGAAAAUAUGCGUGAGGUCAUGGAGUACGUCUACAUGAACUCCACAUACAGUCUUGAUGACCGGAAUGAGGUGUUGAAUAUGGCCGAAAGGAUUCGUGAGACAUUCAACGCAACAAUUGAAAAUGCCGAUUGGAUGAACAACGACAGCAAAGCUGCUCUGCAACAGAAGUUAAGUGACAUGGCUUUAGGAAUUGGAUGCCCGGAAUAUAUCUUGAACAUCACAUAUAUUGACCAUGUGUACAAACACGUACCCAGAUUCAGUCCCGAUACAUCUAUACUCGAAAUGAUGUACUUCCUUCACCAAAACAAGUACUUGAAGGAAUUGGCUUCGCUAAAGGGACCAAGGCUCAGCGACAGCUUGUUGCAAAGGUGGCAGAAAAGCGCCUUGGACGUGGGUUUCUUUUACUAUCGUCCGGAAAACCGAAUCGAAAUACCUUGGGCAAUGUUCUCUCCUCCAUUUUUCCAGCGAGGACUUCCUCGAUCCCUAAACUAUGGUGCCAUCGGCGGGCUUAUUGCUCACGAAAUGUUCCAUGCCUUCGACGCAAGCGGUGAGAAUAGGCUACUAUAUUAUAUGUUUAGGGUAGGGUACGGGGAUGACUCAUUCGGAGGCCAGUCAUGA